AUGACCUCAGGCAGUGGCGAGUUGAAAUUCCAAAGCAUUAAGCUUGCAUUGUAUGAUGGAAUAAGAAGCAAUUUUGUUAGGCUCCCCAGCUCGAUUGUUCAGGUGCUGGAAAACUCCCCCAUUCCAGUUCACGAAUACGGCAUCGAGAUAAGCGGUGAAAAGUACGAAUUCUCAGUGGGAUGGGAUGGUUUCGAGUCCUCCCAGGGGCUGAAUGGACAAGCUGCGAUCCAGAUCAACCCCGUGCUGGCAGCAACCUACGGUGUCCGGGACGGUAAUGUCGUAGACCUAACGAUCAAACAUUUUGGUGAGAACCUCGUAGCCAAAGAGGUUUACAUUGAACCGCAAACGAGCGACGAUUGGGAAGUUGUCGAAAGGAAUGCGCGCUUCCUACAGGACGACAUACUGCAUCAAACAAGGAUUGUUGCCAAGAAUUCCAUUCUUAUAUGCUACGUUGAAAGAACCAUUGCGAAGUUCAAGAUCCAACGGUUGGUUCCUGAGACCCUUGAUAUUGCAAGACUUGGAACGGAUACUCUUGUGGUAAUUUCCCCAAUGCUAAACAAGUCACGAAUUCCUAAUGGAAAACCUAAGAAUCAUCUUGAGGCCUUCGUAACGCACAGCCCGCAUAUUUUGAGAAGCAUUUGUUGGGACGAAGACCUUAAAGGAUACUCGGUAGGCGUCAGUCCUGGAGACAUAAAGUCGCCUUUGGCAUUUGUGUCUAUCGUUCGCAAUCCGCUGGAAGGGAAAGUGCAAGAAGAUCGCCCCUCGGACGAUACCGCUAUAGAAUGCGCUCAACGGAUAGCCGUUAAAGUUGUUGUAAUUGAGCACCUUGAAAGCUCUCAGGCCGUGGUUUCCGACCUCGCUUGGGAAUCUCUUGGUGUCCGAAAGAAAAACGGUGAAAAGGUUAAAAUCGAGUAUAUUAGCAACCACGUCGCAGCUGCGACGCCUACAGUCUUUAUCCAUCCAGUCGAUCGAUCGCAAGAUGCUUCAGAUGUUGUUCUAAAUGGUGAGAACUCCUAUUUUGAUGAAUCCUUUUCUGAACAAAUAAAAACUAUGUUCUCGGGCUGUGUUUUAACUGACAAGGCUUAUUUACCAAGCAAGCUCGCGUACUUCGAAUUGGUGUCUGAACAUGGAAAGCACGUACAGUUUUGCGAAUGGAAUGAGAAUAAGAUGGGCAUUAAAAUCCUUGACUCUGCGGUGAGGAUUUCGCGAAGAGAGCCUGAGCAAGAAGCACCUAAAAUACACAAAGAACCUCUAGGAUUUGAAAAGCUGAUUGAGGAUAUGGCUGCGUAUCUGACACUGCCAUUUGUCCCUUCGGGAACUACUUUGGUUACAGGAAGCAGUGGUGUCGGAAAGACUUUACUUGUAAAGGAACUUGAAAACCACCUCAAGAACUCUACUUCCCUUCAUGUGAGUUAUGUAGAUUGUGAAAGCCUUAUUGAAAGCACCAACUUUGCAAAGAUGAAACAGCUUUUACAUAGGUUAAUUUCCUGUUGCUACUGGCAUGGUCCCUCACUAUUAAUACUUGAUAACUCGGAACUCCUCUUUCCUAGCACCAAAUCCGAAGAAGAACAGCCAACUCGUAAUGCCUCAUCAGACGCAUCCUCAAAGUUGAGCCAGCUUUUUGCAGCAGAAAUCGAAAGAGUCGCCUCCAAGGACUCGCGCAUGGUUCGCGUGCUUUUAACUGCGAAAAACCGAGACCAAUUGAAUCAGCUGCUGUUUUCUAGGCAUACAAUUAGCAAAACCUGGCCCUUGACUCCACCGAACAAGGACCAGCGCAGGAUCUUUUUCGAAAAUUUCGUUGCCGAGAAGUCAUUACAACUCUCCGAUGAUUUAGACGAAUCUAUGAUGGCAAUAGAAACAGAGGGCUACUCUCCUCAAGACAUUUUACUUUUUUGUGACAAACUGCUCUUCGAACAUCUGUGCGAUCAAGAUGACAUCGGAGCAGGGUUGACUCGUAAAACCUUUGAACGCAGCAUUGCGACUUUCACGCCAUCAUCGCACCGCGGUAUAAAGCUGCAGAAAAAUUCCGGCGUUAAGUGGACAAGCGUAGGAGCUAUGCAUAAGGCUAAAAAUAUGCUCUUAGAAACCCUAGAAUGGCCAACAAAAUAUGCCCCGAUUUUCUCGGAGUGUCCCCUCAGAUUAAGGUCCGGUAUUCUGCUGUACGGCUACCCUGGUUGUGGGAAAACCAUGUUGGCAAGUGCAGUGGCGCAGCAGUGCGGCCUUAAUUUCAUAUCCAUUAAGGGUCCAGAAAUACUAAACAAAUACAUUGGCGCCAGUGAACAGAAUAUAAGAGAGAUCUUCGAAAGGGCACAAGCUGCAAAGCCGUGUAUCCUUUUUUUUGACGAGUUCGAUUCAAUCGCUCCAAAAAGAGGACAUGACUCGAUAGGCGUUACUGACCGUGUUGUCAACCAGAUGCUUACGCAAAUGGAUGGAGCUGAGGGCCUAGAAGGCGUCUACGUGCUCGCAGCGACCAGCCGGCCCGAUCUGAUAGAUUCUGCACUUCUAAGACCAGGAAGACUAGACAAGAGUAUUCUGUGCGGGCUGCCGGAUGAACGCGAACGUUUGGAGAUCUUGGAGGCGGUGGUUUCAAGCGGCAACAUGGAACUUGAACCUGACUGUCACUUGAGCAGCGCCGCGGCCGCCACAGAUGGUAUGUCGGGGGCUGAUUUGCAAGGGCUCUGUUACAACGCGUACUUGAAGGCUGUGCAUCGGAGUAUGGCCUCCGCGCCGCUAAAGGAGGAGAAGCAAACGGCGACGCGGCCGUCGUUUGAGUACUUCACAUUGGACGAAACCAAGGGUCUGCCUGUUGAGUUUUUAGACCGCCUGCAGCAAAAAUCGGCAAAUUCAGAUAAGCCUGAAGACGAGCGUGCGGCCUCUGGUGCCCCGAAGAUUUCCAUACAGGACUUGCUUGAGGCUUCCUCCGAAACCAAGCCAAGCAUUUCUUCUAGCGAACUCCAAAAACUAAGUGCUAUCUAUAAUACCUUUUCGCAGGAUAGAGAUGCGAACAUGCCCGCGGGCGAGGCCUCCAAUCAGAUUGGUGGUAGGCUCACGCUCAUGUGA